GCGGCCGGCUAAGAAGGCUGCUGGGCGGCGGCGGUGGUUGCUGGCUCGGGGCAGCCCGGCGCGAGUGGCGUAGACCAGGGGUCACUGGCCGGCGCUAACCGGGACAUGGAGCCGUCCGGCGGGGGCCUGGGGCCCGGCCGCGGGACCCGGGACAAGAAGAAGGGUCGGAGCCCGGAUGAGCUGCCUGCGACGGGCGGCGACGGCGGCAAACCCAAGAAAUUUACUUUGAAGCGGCUCAUGGCAGAUGAGCUGGAGAGAUUUACCAGCAUGAGGAUUAAGAAGGAGAAGGAAAAGCCCAAUUCUGCUCACAGAAACUCCUCUGCAUUAUAUGGAGAUGACCCCACUGCGCAGCCACUGCAAGAAUACACUGAUGAGCAAAUCCUAGUCUUCUUUGAGCAGAUGCUGGUGGAUAUGAACCUGAAUGAGGAGAAGCAACAGCCUUUGAGAGAGAAGGACAUUGUCAUCAAGAGGGAGAUGGUGUCCCAGUAUUUGCACGCAUCCUCGGCUGGCAUGAACCAGAAAGAAAGCUCUAGGUCUGCCAUGAUGUACAUUCAGGAGCUGAGGUCAGGCUUGCGGGAUAUGCAUCUGCUUAGUUGCCUUGAGUCCCUUCGAGUCUCUCUCAACAAUAACCCUGUCAGUUGGGUGCAGACAUUUGGUGCUGAGGGCCUAGCCUCCUUAUUGGAUAUUCUCAAACGACUCCAUGAUGAGAAAGAGGAGAUUUCUGGAAACUACGAUAGCCGGAACCAGCAUGAGAUCAUCCGCUGCUUGAAAGCUUUCAUGAACAACAAGUUUGGCAUCAAAACCAUGUUGGACACAGAAGAAGGAAUCCUGCUGCUGGUCAGAGCUAUGGACCCUGCUGUCCCCAGUAUGAUGAUCGAUGCAGCUAAGCUGCUGUCUGCUCUUUGUAUCCUGCCACAGCCAGACGACAUGAAUGAACGAGUUUUGGAGGCAAUGACAGAGAGAGCUGAAAUGGAUGAGCUUGAACGCUUCCAGCCACUGCUGGAUGGAUUAAAAAGUGGGACCUCCAUUGCACUCAAAGUGGGAUGCCUACAGCUGAUCAAUGCUCUCAUCACUCCUGCAGAAGAAUUUGACUUCCGAGUUCACAUUCGAAGUGAACUAAUGCGCUUGGGGCUGCAUCAGGUGUUGCAGGAGCUUCGGGAGAUUGACAAUGACGAUAUGAGAGUCCAGCUAAACGUGUUUGAUGAACAAGCGGAGGAAGAUUUAUAUGAUCUGAAGGGACGGCUAGAAGACAUUCGCAUGGAGAUGGAUGACUUUGGUGAAAUCUUCCAGAUUCUUUUGAACACAGUGAAAGACUCAAAGGCAGAGCCACACUUCCUGUCCAUCCUGCAGCAUCUCCUAUUGGUUCGAAAUGAUUAUGAGGCUAGGCCACAGUACUAUAAAUUGAUUGAAGAAUGUAUUUCUCAGAUAGUUCUACACAAGAAUGGAACUGAUCCUGACUUCAAGUGCCGGCACCUCCAGAUUGAUAUUGAGGGAUUGAUUGAUCAAAUGAUUGAUAAAACAAAGGUGGAAAAAUCUGAGGCCAAAGCUACAGAGCUAGAAAAAAAGUUGGACUCAGAGUUAACAGCCCGGCAUGAGUUACAAGUAGAAAUGAAAAAGAUGGAAAAUGACUUUGAGCAGAAACUUCAGGAUCUGCAAGGAGAAAAGAAUGCAUUGGAUUCUGAAAAGCAGCAGAUUGCUACAGAAAAACAAGAUCUAGAAGCAGAGGUGUCAAAGCUGACCGGAGAGGUUGCCAAGCUGUCAAAAGAACUAGAAGAUGCCAAGAAGGAAAUGGCUUCUCUCUCUGCUGUGGCUGUUGCUCCUUCUGUUUCUAGCAGUGCUGCUGUUCCCCCUGCCCCGCCUCUGCCUGGUGACCCUGGCACUGUUAUUCCACCUCCCCCACCCCCACCUCCUCUUCCUGGAGGUACCUUUCCACCUCCUCCCCCUCCUUUGCCUGGAGGUGCUGAUAUACCCGCUCCCCCUCCUUUGCCUGGGGUUGCUGCCAUCCCCCCACCUCCUCCUUUGCCUGGAGGUGCUGCCAUCCCCCCACCUCCUCCUUUGCCUGGAGGUGCUGCCAUCCCCCCACCUCCUCCUUUGCCUGGAAGUGCUAGUAUACCAGCUCCCCCUCCUUUGCCUGGCGUCCCCCCACCUCCUCCUUUGCCUGGAGGUGCUAGUAUACCAGCUCCCCCUCCUUUGCCUGGUGUCCCCCCACCCCCUCCCUUACCUGGAGGACCAGGACUGCCUCCUCCCCCUCCCCCUCUUCCCGGAGGUCCUGGCAUUCCUCCUCCACCUGGAAUGGGCGUGCCUCCACCUCCCCCCUUUGGAUUUGGGAUUCCUGCAGCCCCAGUUCUGCCAUUUGGAUUAACCCCUAAAAAAGUUUAUAAGCCAGAGGUGCAGCUCCGGAGGCCAAACUGGUCCAAGUUCGUGGCUGAGGACCUUUCCCAGGACUGCUUCUGGACAAAGGUGAAAGAAGACCGCUUUGAGAACAGUGAACUUUUUGCCAAACUUACCCUUGCCUUCUCUGCCCAGACCAAAACUUCCAAAGCCAAGAAGGAUCAAGAAGGUGGAGAAGAAAAGAAAUCUGUGCAAAAGAAAAAAGUAAAGAGCUAAAAGUGUUGGAACUCAAAGACAUCCCAGAAUCUCUCAAUCUUUUUGGGUUCCUUCCGUAUGCCCUAUCAAGAAAUUAAGAAUGUUAUCCUGGAGGUGAAUGAGGCUGUUCUCACCGAAUCUAUGAUCCAGAACCUCAUUAAACAGAUGCCAGAACCAGAACAGUUAAAAAUGCUCUCUGAACUGAAGGACGAGUAUGAUGAUCUGGCUGAGUCAGAGCAGUUUGGCGUGGUGAUGGGCACAGUGCCCCGUCUUCGACCUCGCCUCAAUGCUAUUCUCUUCAAGCUACAAUUCAGUGAGCAAGUGGAGAAUAUCAAGCCAGAGAUCGUGUCUGUCACUGCUGCAUGUGAGGAGCUGCGUAAGAGUGAGAACUUCUCCAACCUCCUGGAGAUCACUCUGCUUGUUGGAAACUAUAUGAAUGCUGGCUCCAGGAAUGCUGGUGCUUUUGGCUUCAAUAUCAGCUUUCUUUGUAAGCUCCGAGACACCAAGUCUGCAGAUCAGAAGAUGACAUUGUUGCAUUUCUUGGCUGAGUUAUGUGAGAAUGACUACCCUGAUGUCCUCAAGUUUCCUGAUGAACUUGCCCAUGUAGAGAAAGCCAGCCGAGUUUCUGCUGAGAACUUGCAGAAGAACUUAGAUCAGAUGAAGAAACAGAUUGCUGAUGUGGAACGUGAUGUUCAGAAUUUCCCAGCUGCCACAGAUGAAAAGGACAAGUUUGUUGAGAAAAUGACUAGCUUUGUGAAGGAUGCACAGGAGCAGUAUAACAAGCUGCAGAUGAUGCACUCCAACAUGGAGACUCUGUAUAAGGAGCUAGGCGACUACUUCGUCUUUGACCCUAAGAAAUUGUCUGUGGAAGAAUUCUUUAUGGAUCUACACAACUUUAGGAAUAUGUUUUUGCAAGCAGUCAAGGAGAAUCAGAAGCGCCGGGAAACUGAAGAAAAGAUGCGGAGAGCAAAACUAGCCAAGGAGAAGGCAGAGAAAGAGCGACUGGAGAAGCAGCAGAAGCGAGAGCAGCUCAUAGACAUGAAUGCAGAGGGAGAUGAGACGGGUGUGAUGGACAGUCUUCUGGAAGCUCUGCAGUCGGGGGCAGCAUUCCGACGAAAGAGAGGGCCCCGUCAAGUCAACAGGAAAGCUGGGUGUGCAGUCACAUCUCUGCUAGCCUCGGAGCUGACCAAGGAUGAUGCCAUGGCUGCUGGUCCUGCUAAGGGGUCCAAGAAAAGUGAAGGAGUCCCCACAAUCCUUGAAGAAGCCAAGGAGCUGGUUGGCCGUGCAAGCUAAGCUGGGCUCUAUGGCCAUUGCUGCUCCUAAGUGAAGCCCAGACUGUCUACCUGCAGCAUGUGCCUAAAUGGUCAAGGGAAUAUCCCCCUGCAGUGGCCACUCCAUCACCUGACCCUGAUUUUCUGUCUGGCCUGCUGCUCUCUGAACAUCACACACAGCUUCAGCUUCCUGGAGGCCAGAAGGAAAGGGCAGUGUAGGGGUGGCCUGAGCCCAGCCCAGCCAACCCUGGCUGUGGUAUUACCAAAGCAGGGUCCGUGUGUGCUGCCUUAACCCUGACUCCUCCAUGUUAUCCAGAGAUCCUGGUCUCAGACAGAACCCAGCCUGCUUUCUCAGCCCCACUUUGUAGUGGGCCUUCCCCUAGGUCAAUCUUGCUGGAUUUGUGCUUUUUUUUUUUUUUUUUUUUUUUUUGUGGUUUCUCUGGCCCUGAGAACAGCAUGGGACUUGUGAACCUUUGGGCCAGACCCUUUUCGCACUGGCACCUCUGCUUUUCCUCCUGCAGUUAUUUAUUACUAGUGCUGUGGCAUUGGGAACUGCUUCUGCAAAAGCAGGAAGCAAAUCCCACCCUCACCCUACUUUCCUGGGAAAAGUCUCCCAGGCAAAGGGUCUCAACCACUCUCCUUGUUCCACUGUGGCCCGGGUCUGAGCCAUAGGCAGGUAGCUAGGGCAUAGCGACAGUGUGGGGCCCGCCCCCUGCCCGCUGCCAUGCUUUGUGCCCUUGCCUCCCUGGACCCUCUGCACCAGCCCUCCCCCCCACCUCCACCCUGCAACUGACCCCCCCUCCCCUAUGCCUUCCCCAGAGCUUUGGUGCAUCUCAUUUGGAGUGUGGGCUGUAGUGUGACCAUCCCAACACCUCACCCCCUCCAUCCAAGGAUAUGGGAGGUGGAGCCUCCUGGCUGAGAACUUGUUUUGCAAAUGGAUCUAUUUUUAUAUGAAAAAAAUUUUUUAAGAAAAAUAACUUUGGUCCCCUUCCCCCUUCAUAAUAAAAGAGGCUAUGAUGGUAGGUUCAAGUAUUCCUGGGGUCAGUCCUGAACAUGGUCUAGGUGUUGGCCCCGUCCCUCAAGACUUAAACCCUGAGGCCAAGGUAGACCUUUCCCUAGCAUCAGUUCUGGGGCAAGAUCAUUUUUCUGGUUGGGCUGGGCCACACCAUAGGAUAGCAAGAGCUCCAAUCCUGUGUUUUCAUGAAUGUACUAAAUUAUCAAGCCAAACGUGCAGAUGCUAAGUGGAUGCCGAGAAGUGACACAGGGUUGUACCUCCCACCCCCACCCUAGACAGUAGAAGCAACAAGUCAGACUGGGGCCCAAACCUCAGGAAGCUCAGAUUCUCUGACUUAGGGUCACUUUCUUGUCCUCCUUUAGCCCCUUCCAUUUUCCCCUCUGAGGCUACAGAGAAGGAAUGAUAGAUGCUGUCCAGGCUUGACACAGGAUUCAAGUUGCCAGAGCAUGGGGGAGAGUUUAGGAAAUGCAAGGGCGGCCAGUGCAGGCCCUUGUGGCCAGGGAGGAUGGUUUGGGCUGCUAGAGCUCCCGGGCUGCUUCCUGAGAGGACUGAUGCAGGGCCUGGUUCUGUCCUGAGCCACCUCCUUGCUAGCUGACAUCUGGGGCUUUGACCCUUUUCUUUUUUAAUCACUUUUGCUAAAAUGCAUUUAAUUAAAAAAAUUUUUUAAGUAGAGGGGACAAAAUGCAAACUCCUUGCCUCUUGGGCAUCUGGGAUGUCAUCACCUCCAGUUUGAUGGAUUUGUUUCCAACUGUCAAUAAAGCAUUGAAACAGAA